UCCCGAGGUUUUCCGUUCCAAAAGGAUCACGGUAUGUUAGUUGCUAUAGCAACAUAUGCUCUGAAUCAAACCUGGUCGGAGCAGGUUUUGCGCAGGUUAAGUUCAAAGAUAACCCGGUUUUGCUCAGGGUAUUUAAACCCGCGUUCACCACAGCUUUUACGUGAUCACAAUGGCAUGCCCUUUUGACGAGAGGCCGAUUGAUAUCGGAGCGCAAAUAAUUCGUGCCAUUCACAGAGAGAGAUUAAUUAGACCACGGCUCGACAUAUUGUCCUUUCCGGAGGACUUUUUGCUGGAGAGAUAUCGUUUUUCACGUGAUUCUUUGCUUUAUUUAAAUAACCUUCUCCAACCAUACAUUGCAAAUGUGACCAAUCGUGGAUCUGCCCUCAGUCCACUCCAAACAAUUUGCACAGCUCUCCGAUUUUUUGCGACGGGAAGCUUUUUGUACAGCGUAGGAGAUGCUGAGCACAUAGGCAAAGCCACGGUCUGCCGCUCAGUACGUAAAGUUUGUCUUGCGCUGAAGCGGUUGUUGCGGAACUUCAUCGUAUUUCCAGGCCAUAAACCCACGAGACGCAUGAAAAUGGAGUUUCACCAACUUGCAGGAUUUCCAAAUGUAAUUGGGUGCAUUGAUGGCACACAAGUGCCCAUACUGGCCCCAUCUAUAAAUGAGGCAGAUUAUGUGAACAGGAAAGGCUAUCACAGUAUAAAUGUUCAGAUGAUAUGUGAUGCUUCCCACAUGAUCACCAAUGUAGAGGCAAAAUGGCCUGGUUCAGUCCACGAUGCAAGGAUGUAUCGUGAAUCCAAUUUGAGCCGUAAAUUUCAAGAGGGGCAAUUCGAUGGGUGGAUCCUAGGAGAUCGAGGGUAUCCAUGCCUCCCGACGCUCAUCACCCCGUACCCUAAUCCCGCUCCUGGACCACAGACUACAUUAAACCGGGCACACAGCAGAACCCGCGUUAAGAUUGAAAACACAUUCGGGAUAUUGAAGUCCAGAUUUCAAUGCCUACGUGGACUAAGGGUUUGUCCGGAACGGGCAUGCGACAUAAUUGUUGCAUGCGCCGUCCUCCACAAUAUCGCCACCCUGCGCAAAGAGAUGCCUCCCCCCUUUGACCCGUUCCUCGAGGAGGAACACAUUCCCCAAAUGGAUUCAAGGGCUGGACAAAGGAUGCGGGAACACCUUUGCCAAAAUCACUUCAAUUAAAAAAAAAAAAAACACCAAACACUGUUUUUAUCAAUCAUUUUUAUUCUUUAGUUGCUGAGGGAGGAAAAAUAAUAUAAUUAGACAUUGAAUAGCAAUAUCAUGUCCGCGUUGAAUUUCUGCCCAACCUCCUUUUUUUUACCUCUAUCAGCAGCUUUGUGUACUCCAUUUGCAAAUCAGCCUUAGCGAUUUCCCGCUGAAGAUGAAGUCGAUAUAAUUCUUUAGUAGUCAACUGAAAUAGAGGAAAAUAUUGUUUUAACAUUCAAGCGACAUACUUGGCCAAUAAAUUAAGUGAGUAGCCUAGGAUAUGUCUUACAUGCUGAUAUUGCGACCCUGAUGUACCCGCCGCUUCCUCGACCAGUCUGUUAAGAGACAAGUGAGUUUGAGAACACUGUUAGUUUAGUUGAAUCGUCAAUAAUGACUUGGAACUGGCAAGAAAAAGCGAGGCCUAUACCUCAGUUCUUUCAGACCCAUCCAUGGCAAUAUUUUCAUCGGCCUCCUGUCAUACAAAGAGCAAUUAUAGGCCUAUUGGCUGAGUAUUUUGAGAUGCGCUUACAACA